UUUGAGUAAUUAAAUUAAAACUUACAUUUGUGUCUUUCUGGGCUAUUAAGAUUCUCCAAUGCGUUGAUGGAAAUCUUCAGAUCUGUCUGUCAUGUUCUGACACAAUGAGAAGCAUUAGAUCUUGCCCAACUGCUUCAAAAUGUUUAAUUGUUCUUAUUCACAUGCUCUUUCUGCUGGUUAGCUCAAAUACUGCAAAUGGAGAAAAUUUUGACUCUUUCUUACAGCUCCCACAAUCCGGGUCGACCAGAACCCGACCCAAAUCCAAGAGGGUUCUUUUUGUUGGUGAUUUUGGUGCAAAAGGAGAUGGCAUCACUGAUGACUCUAAGGCUUUCAAAAAUGCUUGGGAGAUAGCUUGUUCAUUGCCCAUGCGUAUGAGAAUUGUAAUUCCUGUUGGAAGCACUUACCUUGUCCACCCUCUCGAUAUUGCUGGACCGUGUAGAUCAAAGGUUACUUUAAUGAUCUCUGGUAACAUUGUUGCUCCCAAAGAUCCGGAUGCUUGGAUUGGUUUGAAUCCACGUAAGUGGCUUUAUUUCCAUGGAGUGAACCACCUUACCCUAGAAGGGGGAGGGAGAAUCAAUGGGAUGGGACAGGAGUGGUGGGCUCGGUCUUGCAAGACCAACUCAACAAAUCCAUGUCGACAUGCUCCAACGGCAGUUACAUUCCAUAGGUGUAAGAAUUUGAAGGUCAAGGAUCUUAUGAUUGUCAAUAGUCAACAAAUGCACAUGGCAUUCACUAACUGUAUGCGGGUAGUGGCAUCCAAUCUCAGGGUGAUGGCCCCUGCUGUUAGUCCCAAUACUGAUGGAAUCCACAUUAGUGCAUCAAGGGGCGUUGAAGUCAAAAACAGCAUAAUAAGAACAGGAGAUGACUGCAUUUCAAUAGUCAGCAACUCUUCACGAAUCCGGAUUAUAAAUAUUGCUUGUGGCCCUGGUCAUGGCAUAAGCAUUGGAAGCUUGGGAAAGUCAAACUCUUGGUCACACGUGCAUGAUGUAUUGGUUGAUGUAGCAUUAUUGUCUAACACGGACAAUGGAGUGAGGAUCAAAACAUGGCAGGGAGGUAGUGGUUUUGCCUCUAACAUUGCAUUCCGGAAUGUGUUGAUGGACAAUGUGUCAAAUCCGAUAAUAAUAGAUCAAUAUUAUUGCGACUCUUGGCUGCCAUGUCUAAAUCAGAGUUCAGCAGUAAAGGUGGAGAAUAUAUCCUUCGUGCACGUUAAAGGGACUUCUGCUACAGAAGAAGCAAUAAGUUUUGCUUGCAGUGAUGACUCUCCAUGUGAAGGAUUAUAUUUAGAAGAUAUUCAACUUCAAUCAUCCAUUGGGGGAAUUACAAGAUCUCUUUGCUGGGAAGCUCAGGGCUCAAGUUCAGGUUCAGUCGACCCACCUGCUUGCUUUUCGAGUUUUUUGAGUAGUGAAAACUUCAUGAAGCAGAAAGUCAAUCCACAGACCAUUCAUUCACAGAGGUUAGCCAAUCUGGACCAUGGAGGAAGGGCAACCCAAUAAAAUUUGUGGUAAAUAUAUACCUAUAUAGCUUAUAAAUUGGAUUUUAUUUUUAUUUUUUGGAAUCCUUCUUGUUCUUGAAGGCAUAUGGGAUCCUUGAAGCAUUUUUUCCUUGUACAUCCCACUAUAACAAAUGUGUUUGAAGAAAAGAGACCUUGAUGAUAUCCAUGCGUUGAAAUAAAUGGUACAUAUUUUGUAUAUAUAUUCCUCUUA